CAGUUGCCCUACAGGCUAUGGUCUUAAAUAGCCAAACGUGGCCCACGUCUCUCCAGUGUUCCGACCGCACCUUGGUCCCUGCCGCUGUACAACCUAUGUGCACCGCAUUUACCGAGUUCUUCCUGAAAAGACACACGGGGCGCAAAUUGACCUGGCUAUGGAACCUUUCGAGAGGCGAGUUGCAGACAAACUACUUCGACAAGAAAUAUAUCCUAUCUGCGAGCUUCCUGCAGAUGUCCAUUCUCUUACAAUAUAACGACCAAGACUCGUUUGGCUUGAACGAACUCAUCGCGGCGACGGGCAUCGCAGAAAGCAACCUGAAGCCUCUGCUGACAGGCCGCACAAAAGUUGGCACUGAUCAAAGAUGGCUUCGGUUGUUACGAGCUGAAUUUAAAUUACACUUCACAAAGGACUCGUGUCAAUCUCCUGACAUCCGAUAAUAAUCCGGAGCAGAAGGCCGAAAGAAGCGCCAUCCAAGAGACCGUAGGGAAAUACCGGAAGUAUUUGCUUGUGGUCACUGCAGUUCGGGUGAUGAAAACAGAACGGGCAUUGAAAGAACAGCUCUUGAUCCAGUCGAUCGUCUCCGAGGUGUCAAAGCGGUUCAUGCCCCAGGUCUCAGACGUCAAAAAGGCUUUAGAGAACCUGAUCGAGAGGAAGUACAUCGCACGGGAUGACAGUGAUCCCAGUAACCUGACAUACGUUGCAUGAUGCUGUGCAAUCUACCAUAAUGCUGCUAAA